AUGAACUCUCACCAUUUGUGCUCCUGUAAAGAUUACGACCAAGAAGACUAUGGAGCACAGUUUUACACGGGCACACUUGUGGUGGCCGUAAGUGACACCUCCCUGAGCUUCCUGGUUUUGGUGACAGGCUGCACCUCUGUGGGCAGAAUUCCAGAGGCUGAAGUCUACAAAAUCACAGCCACUGAUUUUUACCCACUUCAGGAAGAAGCCAAAGAGGAGGACCGCCUCUUAGCCUUGAAGAAGAUCCUCAACUCAGGCGUGUUCUACUUCUCGUGGCCCAACGGUGGGUCCCACUUCGACCUGACCGUCCGGGCGCAGAAGCAGGGCGAUGACCGCUGCGAGUGCGGAGACACCUUCUUUUGGAACCAGCUCUUGCACGUGCCCCUGAAGCACCACCAGGUGAGCUGCUCUGACUGGCUGCUGAAGGUGAUCUGUGGGGCAGUGGCCAUCCGCACCGUGUACGCCUCGCACAAGCAGGCCAAGGCCUGCCUCAUCUCCCGCAUCAGCUGUGAGCGGGCCGGCGCGCGCUUCCACACCCGCGGCGUCAAUGACGACGGUCACGUGUCCAACUUCGUGGAGACGGAGCAGACGAUUUACAUGGAUGAUGGGCUGUCGUCUUUCGUCCAGAUCAGAGGCUCCGUGCCGCUGUUUUGGGAGCAGCCAGGCCUUCAGGUUGGCUCCCAUCAUCUGAGACUCAACAGAGGCCUAGAAGCCAACGCUCCUGCUUUCGACCGGCACCUGGCACUUCUGAAGGAGCGGUAUGGGAAACAGGUGGUUGUGAACCUGCUGGGGAACCGCGGUGGAGAGGAGGUGCUCAGCCGAGCCUUCAAGAAGUUGCUCUGGGCUUCCUGUCACGGCAGUGACACACCUAUGAUAAAUUUUGACUUCCACCAAUUUGCCAAAGGCGGGAAGCUAGAGAAGUUGGAAAACCUGUUGAGGCCCCAGUUGAAGCUGCACUGGGAGGAGUUUGGCGUGUUCACGAAGGGCGAGAAUGUGAGUCCACGCUCUCAAAAAGGCACCCUGCGUAUGAACUGUCUUGACUGCCUGGACCGGACCAACACCGUACAGUGCUUCAUAGCCCUUGAGGUCCUCCAUCUGCAGCUCGAGAGCCUGGGGCUGCAUUCCAAGCCCAUCGUUGACCGCUUCGCGGAGGCCUUCAAAGCCAUGUGGUCCCUGAAUGGGCACAGCCUGAGCAAAGUGUUCACAGGCAGCCGCGCCCUGGAAGGGAAGGCCAAGGUGGGGAAGCUGAAGGACGGCGCUCGGUCUGUGUCACGUACCAUCCAGUCCAACUUCUUCGAUGGGGUGAAGCAGGAGGCCAUCAAGCUUCUGCUGGUUGGGGACGUCUACAGUGAAGAGUCGGCUGACAAAGGCAGGAUGCUCAUGGACAACACAGCCCUUCCGGUGACUCCCAGGAUCCUGAAAGCUAUGUCAGAGCGGCAGUCCGAAUUCACCAAUUUCAAACGGAUCCGUGUUGCCAUGGGAACCUGGAAUGUCAAUGGAGGCAAACAGUUCCGAAGCAACCUCCUGGGGACGGAGGAGUUAGCCGACUGGCUGCUGGACUCGCCCAAGCUUUCUGGAGUCGCUGAAUUUCAGGAUGAUAGCAGCCCAGCUGACAUCUUUGCUGUGGGGUUCGAGGAGAUGGUGGAGCUGAGUGCAGGGAACAUUGUCAAUGCCAGCACCACCAACAGGAAGAUGUGGGGAGAGCAGCUCCAGAAGGCCAUCUCACGCUCUCACAGGUACAUCCUCUUGACGUCGGCACAGCUGGUGGGCGUCUGUCUUUACAUCUUCGUGCGCCCCUACCACGUCCCCUUCAUCAGGGACGUGGCCAUUGACACGGUGAAGACAGGGAUGGGAGGAAAGGCAGGGAACAAAGGUGCAGUGGGCAUCCGCCUCCAGUUCCACAGCACCAGCUUCUGCUUCAUCUGCAGCCACCUGACAGCUGGGCAGUCUCAGGUGAAGGAGAGAAAUGAGGACUACAAGGAGAUCACCCAGAAGCUGAGCUUCCCAAUGGGAAGAAGCGUCUUCUCUCACGACUAUGUGUUUUGGUGUGGCGAUUUCAACUACCGCAUUGAUCUCACGUAUGAAGAAGUCUUCUAUUUUGUUAAACGCCAAGACUGGAAGAAACUUCUGGAAUUUGAUCAGCUACAGCUACAGAAAUCAAGUGGAAAACAAGCAGGAGAACUCCACCUUCUAGACAGUGAUCUUAGCGCUGACGCCAGAGUCAAACACAGCUGGUCUCCCGGGGUCCUCGCCUACUACGGCCGGGCGGAGCUGCAAGCAUCCGAUCACAGACCUGUGCUGGCCAUUGUGGAGGUGGAGGUACAAGAAGUUGACGUAGAUGCACGGGAGAGAGUUUUCCAAGAGGUCUCCUCUUUCCAGGGCCCCCUGGAUGCCACCGUUGUGGUAAAUCUCCAGUCGCCAACCUUAGAAGAGAGGAACGAAUUCCCCGAGGACCUGCGUGCAGAGCUCAUGCAGACCUUGGGGAACUAUGGGACCAUUGUUCUUGUCAGGAUCAAUCAAGGGCAGAUGCUGGUGACUUUUGCAGAUAGUCACUCAGCUCUCAGCGUCCUGAACAUGGAUGGCAUGAAGGUGAAAGGCAGGGCGGUGAAGAUUAGACCCAAAACGAAGGACUGGCUGAAAGGUUUGCAAGAGGAGAUCAUUCGGAAACGGGAGAGUGUGGUCUUGGUGUCUCCCACAGCCAAUUCCCGCUUGCUGGAAGAAAACUAUGACUUCACCAGUUUGGACUACGAAUCUGAAGGGGACAUUCUGGACGACGAUGAGGACUAUUUGGUGGGGGAGCUGCAUCGGCCGGUGGUCUCCGACACUGAGCUGCUGGCAGAUGACCUUCCAGAAGCCCCUGGCUCCACGGCAGCAGCCCUUCCCAGCAGGUCGCCUGCACUCACCAAAAAGCAGCAGCAGCCAACAUACAAAGAUGAUGCUGAGCGGGCGGAGUUAAAGCAGGAGCUUGAAGCCGUUGGGGACUUCCGCCACCGUUCUCCAAGCAGGUCUCUGUCGGUUCCCAAUAGGCCUCGGCCACCUCACCCACCACAGAGACCCCCCCCUCCAACUGGUUUGAUGGUGAAGAAGUCAGCUUCAGACGUGUCCAUCUCCUCCGGCACCCACGGACAGUACUCGAUUUUGCAGACAGCAAAGCUGCUGCCGGGGGCACUUCAGCAACCACCCAAAGCCAGGACCGGAAUAAGUAAACCCUACAACGUCAAGCAAAUCAAAACCAGCAACGCUCAGGAGGCAGAAGCCGCAAUCCGAUGUCUCAUGGAAGCCAGAGGAGGGACCCCAGAAGAAGCUCAGAAUGCCAUGGUCCUGAGGGACCCAGGAACCUCCAAACCAGAGCUCACACCUGGGGAGAGCAAGCCGGAGUCCUUCCAGAUGCCCCAGUCCCUUCCCCGGCGGCCCGCGCCCAGAGUUCCUACCAUCAAGAAACCAACCCUGAGAAGGACAGGCAAACCCACGUCACCGGAAGAACAGUGUGAGGAACGGACUGCCCUCUUCACAAUCGGGCCCUCAGAGAUGAGUGCUGAAACCCCUUCUCUAGUGACAGCCCCUCAACUGCCUCCGGUGCCCAAACCCAGAACGUUUCAGCCUGGGAGAGGUGCCGAGAGGAGGCCAGGCCUGGAGAAGCCAGCAUCAGAUGAGGCCCCGCAAGGGGCAGGAGCCACCUCGCCACCGCUGCUGGAGGUCCCGUCUCCUGUGCCCAAGGUCCCUCCGAGGAGGAAGAAGUCGGCCCCGGCUGCCUUCCACCUGCAGGUUCUGCAGAACAGCAACCAGCUCCUCCAGGGCCUUUCCUACUGUGGCAGCCGCGAUGACUGCCUGCCCGGACCCCCGCUGGGUGCUGGCUCCCUCUCUCUGCAGGCAGAUUUUCUCGGCAUGUCAUCUGCCACAAGCCCUGACACCAGUGCCACCAAGAAGAUGGAGUCAGAGGUAGCCUCCCCUCCUGAUGAUUAUCAGGACCACUUCUGGAACCUUCUCCAUCACCCUACACUGUUGAAUUAUGCCUGGCUUUCCAAGAGUUCCAGCCCUUUGGACUCGGGGACUGGGAGCUUUGAAAGGGCACCCACGGACCCCCCCCAAGUCACUGCUUCAGCCGCGAAGGUGGAGCUACUGCCAGCAGACCACGGGCAGAAGGACUCUGGACACUGGGUGACCCUCAGUGACAAAGACACGAGGACAGCACUGCAGUUGUUUGACCCGCUGGCGAAAACAUGA